AAAAAAUUAGGAAAGAUUUGCUGUACCUCCUGAGGUUAGAAAGAACGUUCGAAACAAACGAGAAAACACCCUGGAAUAUCACAAGGCGGUUGGGGAAAGAUGAUGCUGUUGGGAAGGGUUAGAGAGGUGAAGCAGAGUGUGGUACAUCUUCGUCAUCUAUGCCACAACCCACAGAGAUAUAUUCAAGAUCUCGAACUGCUCAAGUGCUUCAAAUCCGAGAUUCAGUUCGAGCUUUCUUCCAAUCAUUUUCAGAAUGCUCAAACUGGUUCCUUAGGGGACUUUGUGAUGGAACCUGACUCACUCAGUUCCAAAGAUGUCGUUUUGCGAAGAAAAUUCGAUUCUGGUGAGGAAGUUGCAGUUUCUGCUAUUCUGGGGCCUCCUAACUACGAGGAAGACACCGUUUUUCCAAGAGAUGCUUUUAUGAAAGUGUGUGUGAAAAAACCAACAUUAAGCUCCAUUUUGCAGUUUGACUGUGGAGUUCAUGAAGAAACUGAUAAGGGCUCUGAUUUUGACAUAUAUAAUGCUUAUUAUCUCAGAUCACCUACAUUUCUCAAGCCUUCCAAUUACAGAGGUCCCUUAUUCAGCACAUUGGAUAAUGAGUUGCAACAUGCACUCAAGGAAUACCUGAUAGUCAAGGGCAUUGGCGUAAGCCUGACAAACUUUCUUCUCCACUACCUACACAAAAGAGAGCAAGAGCAGUAUGUGAACUGGUUGAAGAAAGGUGAAGCAGCAUUUUUAUCAACAGAAGGGUCUUUGAGGCAAUCUGUGGAGGCGUUGCAAUAGUGUCAAUUUUGGAACUUGAUAACUUUUACUGAUAUUUUAGUCAAAUGGUUUUGAGAGUUGGGAUAAUAAUAAUAAUGAUUAGGAUGUCAAACAAGUGACUGAUUUUUACAGUAUAGAAUUUCUUUUCUAAAUGGUACGUACCUGAACUUUUGAAGCUGGAAUAUCUUCUAUACAAGUUAAGUGGUUAAAUUGUUUUUUGGUUACAGGGUCAACUUUAUCUAUUUUAUCUUUGUAUUUUA